AUGGAGCGGCUGAUGGAAUCAUCGGACAGCGAUGCAUCAUCACGGCCGGUGCGCGAUGCAUCGUGCUGCGCCCAGUCGAGGUGGGUGCAACAAGCUGUUCGAAUAUGGUUCUGCUAUUGCUACCCUUUGUGCUUCCUCGCCGCCAGUUUGCUGCGGCCAGCGACUUCUGUGUCGGCGAUAUAUUCACUUAUUGCAUUUCUGGUGCUUUUUCUUCCCGCGUGUCGUGUGCGGGCUUGUGAGGCUUCAAGCUGGCGGCGACUUCAUUUGGUUUUGGGAAUCCUCACGCUUAGCCUGUUGAUCGUGGCCGGUGUCAUGCUCGCCCUUUGUAGGCAUAGCAGCCUUGAAGAAGAGGCGCUUGUCGCAGGGAAGCUGAUGUUCUUCGGCAUCGCCUGGGAUCUUAUUAAGGGCAUGCAUUAUGCAUCAGUCGCGGGGUCACGUGCCAUGGGAUGGUGUGAGAGCAUGGUGACUGUGAAGGAUGCAGGCUGGACGGGCUUUUCGCAGGUGAGCUUGACAGUUCGAUUCUCUUUUGCUCUGCCAGCCUUCACUUCAAUAUGUUCGCUGUCGUUUCUGCCCGAGAUAAGCAUACCACUUUGCGACUGUUUGUAUACUGAUAUUGUGGGCUGUCGUGAACCCGUGCGCAGCGCACGGCGGGCAGCGGCAGGACAGUUUUCCUUGCGCUUCCGGGUUGCUGAGAAUGCAGCCCUACUGACCGUCAGCGUGCCGGUACUGCCAUUUGAACUCCCGGAGCGGGUGUCAAGACUUCUUGGCCUGGAGGUGACACCAUUGAUGGCACUACAGCAGAUGGCGAGCUUCCUCCUUCUGGAAUUGAUUCUGUGGCCUGCCUUUCCGGCUCAUGAGGCCACAAAGAAAUCGCUCCAGGUUCCUCGCGGAGUUUCCGAGGAGCUGCGGCGAAUGGAGGCGCCAUCACCAUCAGCCAAUGGUAAAGAG